AUGAGAUUGCAUCCACAACAUCUAAGCCAUAGUUUUAGUUCUUCAGUUCUAGUUGUCUUCUUUUACACCCAGAAAUGGGUCCCAACGUCCAGCGUUCCAGUUUAUGAAUUAAGGGAAAUUAGCUUUUUGACAAUGGGGGUCUCAUUGACAUAUGAAGCCAUUGUCCAGGCAAUAGGGAAUUUUAGUGCUGGCAAAUGCAUGGGGAACAAUGGUUUUGGGUCCACUUACAAGACUGAAAUAGCUCUAGGGUCCCUAGUGGCAGUGAAGAGGCUUACAAUUGGAAGGUUCCAAGGUGUUCAACGGUUUCAUGUCGAGGUAAAGACCCUAGAAACGAUUAGGCACCCUAAUCUCGUAACUCUAAUAAGGUUCCAUGCCAGUGAAACGAUGUUUCUUGUUUAUAAUUAGUCAGGCGGUAAUUUAUAAAAUUUUACUAAGGAAAGGUCCACAGGAGCUGUAAAUUGGAAGAUUGUUCACAAGAUUGCUCUGGAUGUAGCCCAUGCACUUGCAUAUCUACAUGAGCAAUGCACUCCAAAGGUUCUACACCGAGAUGUCAAGCCAAGUAACAUUUUGGACAAUGGUUUUAAUGCUUAUCUCUCUGACUUUGGGUUGUCAAGGCUUUUAGGUACCUCUUAAACCCAUGCAACAACCGGGGUAGCUGGCACAAUUGGUAAUGUUGCACCAGACUAUGCUACGACCUGUCGUGUAUCUAAGAAGGCUGAUGUCCAUAGCUAAGGCAUUGUGUUGCUUGAGUUGAAAUCAAAUAAGAAAGUUUUGUAUCCCCUGCGAUAGGGUCAGGCAAAAGAUGUGCUCACGACAAGGUUAUGGGAAACAGGUCCGCAUGACCACCUUGUACAACUGUUGCACUUGGCCAUACAUGGCCUCUCAACUAGGCCAAUUAUGUGGCAAGUUGUCCGAAGGUUGAAACGAUUUCAACCUUCAUCAAGAUAA